AUGGGGCACCACUCCUGCUGCAACAAGCAGAAGGUGAGGAGGGGCCUGUGGUCGCCGGAGGAAGACGAGAAGCUCGUCAAGUACAUCACCGCGCAUGGCCAUGGCUGCUGGAGCUCAGUCCCAAGACAAGCUGGGCUGCAGAGGUGUGGCAAGAGCUGCAGGCUGAGGUGGAUCAACUACCUGAGGCCGGACCUCAAGAGGGGGAGCUUCUCGCAGGAGGAGGAAGCCCUCAUCAUCGACCUCCACAGGGUGCUAGGGAACAGGUGGGCCCAGAUAGCCAAGCACCUGCCUGGCAGAACGGACAAUGAGGUGAAGAACUUCUGGAACUCCACCAUCAAGAAGAAGCUCAUAUCGCAGGCCGUGGGCAGCCUCCACUACGGUAACAUCCCUUCCUCUGCAGAUUUGUACUACAACAUUCUGGAUGGGGCGGGGCAAGGCAUCGCAGCUGCGGGGUGCGCGUCGCUCAACGCGCUGGACAAUGCGGCUCAAGCUGUGGCCACGCAGUCCCCUCCAUCCUCCGCGGCAUGGCUCAAUUUCACCUCCCAGCCGCUGCUCCUCCCCGUCCACGGCGCCGUCCCCGGCUGCGACCUCCAGUACACCGUCGACGGGGAGUUCAUCAGGCUGUGCCACGCGGCGGCCAAUGCUUGCCCGGAGAACGGCGCCUCUAGCCUCUUGGCUCAAGAAGGCGGGGCUGAUCGGAGCUGCCUCCCGGUGUUCGCCGAGCCAAAGGGCGCCGGCGCUUUCGCCGCCGAUCCGGGCAUGGGUCCGGUGGCGGACUUCAUGGACGCCAUCCUCGGGUCCUCGUCCACGUCGGCGGCCAGUGUUUCGUCCGUCGACAGCUUCUCUGCGAACACCGGCAUGCAGCUCCACUGGGUUCCCUGA